CAGAGCCCCAGUGUGGGGAUCGAACUCACAAACUGUGAGAUCAUGGCCUGAGCCACCCGGGUGCCUCGACCUGCCCUUAUUAAUGGGGCCUUUUGGGAGCUGGUGCAUCCUAGCAGCCUUCUUUUCUUCCAACCCUGUGUGUGUCUCUUUAGCACUUCCUGGUUUGUAGACGGUGAUGUCCAGGCUGCUGGCGGUACAGUAUGAGCGGGCGGUAUGGCAUUUAGUGGGGGGAGUUUGAGUUCUCCUCUCCAGGGUGCUCGCUGCCAUCUGGGGCCUUCCCCUCAUAGCUGUUCUUGAGCCUCAGGUUUUUUUUAGAUUGAUUCAACCUGAGGACUAUUGGAGGGCCCCAGUCAGUGGGCAGGAUUCUAGAAGGGGGUGGUCUAGGGAGGCAGGAAGUGGGAGGCAGGGGACCUGGGUUCCAGCUCCAGCUGGGCCACAGUUUUGCUUCUUUAACCAUGGGUAGGUCAUAUCUCAGCUCAGAGCCUCAGUUUCCCCAACAGGUACACGUGUGGAGUCUCAGCUCCCAUUCUCUUGAGUGGAGCUACUCUCCCUUAACAGAAAACCCGAGGUGGCUCCUCAUUGACCCUAGUCUUUGAGCCCUGCCUGCCCUUCACACCUGGGUGGGUCUCAGGGGCCCUCCGCUCACCACUCCGGCCUCAUCAUCCCUUCCCAGAACUUGCGGGCACCUUCACCCCCUCUGGGCUUUUGCAUAGGCUCUUCCCGCUGCCUGGAAUACUUUCUCUUGCGUUCAUUUCCUGGCAAGCCCCGAAGUUUGGCUUUUGUCACCUCUUCCAUGAAGCCUGCCCCUGGCCCCCCCUGCCAGCUACCUCUGCCGUAUGUCCCACCGCCCUAGCCCCUUGGAUGUUCUGUGAUCUACGUAGGGAGCAGCCGCCAGUGUUCUCUCAGCUGGGGAGCUUGGGGGUGGCGGUGGUGUUUGCAGACGAGCCCAGGCUUUAGCGUCAGAUAGUCUGGAUUUCCACCCAGUGCUGCGACACACUCGCUUGUGUGACCUCCGGCGAGUCGUGGCACCGGUCGAAGCCUCAGUUUUCUCAUCUCUGAGUUGGGGCUCCUGAUCACGAAACAGAAUUCUCAUGAUAUUUUAAGGACAUCAGCGACAGAAGCAGAGUCUAUGUGAAAGAGGUUUGGGGUAGGGUUAGAGAUAUCAGAGUUUUCAGAGUCCAUUGCUCCCCUCGCCCUUAGCAAAGAAUGGAAGGUGGGGGCUGAUGGCAGUACAGGCGGGGCCACAAUCCUUGCGCCCUGUACUGCAGGUAAGAGCGAGGUGUGUAAUAGGCGCUCACGUUCAGAUCUGGAAUUCUUUAAAGAUUGAAUGAAUGAGUGGAUGGAUGAAUGGAUGAAUGCGUGCAUGCAAGGGCUCCAACUAGUUUCCGGAUUUGGAUACACCUUUUUGCCACACCUUGGCUGCACCUGGUCAGGGACCAGGGGCUGAGGACGGAAGUCCCACCUCCAGGAGCCCCGCCUCCAGAGCCGUAGCCACGCCUGUCUCCUAGCAACUGUAAACAGAAGUGCGCAGCUUCGACCCCCGGGGCCUCCCAGCCUGGGUGGAUCGACUUGCACCCUCCGAACCUUCUCGCCUGGCGGCUGUGCAGCGGGUGUACGAGCUGGCUGACGCCAGGGUCUGAGCCCAGGGUGCUGCCCAGCGCAUCGCGUUGCAGCCAGGAGUGCCGGGCCUGUGGGUGCUCUGUGGAAUGUCCCUGCACGCCUGGGAGUGGGAAGAUGAGGACAGGGCGAGCAUGGGGCCCAUGUCCUCCAUGGGCAGCUUUUACCAGUCUGGCAGUGAGUGGGACACGGAGGAGUACCUGAAGGUCAGAACACAAGCCCCGGAGUCGGAUUCCGACCACCCGUGUAGCAGGUCCUCACAUGGGCCUGCCGACAGCUUCCAGUCUGAUGUGCCCCAGGCUGUCCCCUGCAAGUUCAUCAUCUCACUGGCCUUCCCGGUGACUGCUGGUCAUAGAGGAAAACAUACAUGUUUUAUUGAAAAACAUAGGAAACACUCUCGAAUGGACAAGCAUGCUUCCAAGGCUCGCUGUUACUACCACAUGGAGUAUUUCCUUCUGCCGGAUGAUGGAGAGCCUAAAAAGAUUGACAUGGUGGUGUUUCCAACAGUGGCCAAAUUGUUCCUGGAUUCAGGAGUAAAGACGGUGAGGCCGUGGCAGGAAGGGGACAAAAUCUGGGUGUCAUGGACCCAGACUUUCAACAUCAACAUGACGAAGGAAUUACUAAAGAAAAUAAAUGUUCACAAAAUCACCUUGAAGGUCUGGGACACCAAGGACAAGGUUUCAAGAAAAGUCAGGUAUUACCGGUUAAAGACUCCUGCAUAUUCAGAAGACGCAGGAUCUUUUGAGGAAGUGAAAAAUUUGGUUUUAAGUCAGAGAAGAUUGUGUGAAGAGGGCGCACACAUCAGAAAGGAGUGGAACCAGGAGCAUGCACCAGAAAAAGCAGAAAAGGCAGGAAAACACAUAAAGCCUUCACAUGCAGAGCCUGAAACUUUUUCCAAGAGCUCCAAGGAAUAUGAAAAGGCACUCCGAAUGGAUGAUCUUGGCACAGUUCGAUGGAGUACUUCAAGAGAACCAACUGUUUAUUUGGAGACAGCAGCUGGGAUGGAGAUGAAGGAAUUAAUGGAGAGAUCAUUUAGCAGUUUAACAAACAUAGUAGAAAAGCAAAAAUUUCAAAGUAAAAGGAAAGAGUCAGAGGUGAAAAAGAAGAGCCAGAAGAGAAAGAGGAAAUCUCGAGUGGAGGACAGUGACUCCAAGGGGGCAGGAAACUGGAAGCACGGAGCUUUCUCUACCGAACUGGUGCUGAUGCCGCUCCUCGCAGGAUGGCAAACUGUCAUGAGUUGUGGCUGUUGGAAGUCUGCCAGCAUUUUAGAUUGUUAUUUGAGUUUUAAAACAGAAGUUCCUAUCAUGACUGAGGAGCAAAAGCAGGAUUUAAACCCUUUGACCAUAAAGAUCAAGUGUGUUUCCUGCCUUCCAUCACAACCUGUGCCAAUCCAUGAACUAGAGAGGCUGUGCACCCCCGUGUACUGCAAGUACAAGUUCUUUAAGACUCCAGUUCACAAGACGGAGGGGAAGCCCCAUGGAGUACACAUCUACUUCCAGGACAUCAAUGUCAUCUUUCUUGGGCCAAUGCAGCCCAGUGACCUGAGGGAAUACCUGGAGGGGCCCCCCAUGGUUGUGGAGGUUCACGACAGGGACCGCAAGUUAGAAGAGUAUUCCUGGAAGCCCACCCUAUUUGGGGAUGACCCCUUGGAUUCACACAACCUCCAGGCCCUCAUCUCUCCGGAAGAGACAGAGAACAACCCCUUUGAAUCCCAAAACAAGAUAUGGGACCCUUAUGGGGUUGCCAAGGUCAGUUUUGCCGACCUUCUCCUUGGCCAUAAGUACUUGAACUUGGUUGUCCCCAUCCACAGGUGUGAGCCCAAGCCUACACACCAUGGCCGGGAUGGCAAGAGCAAGAAGGUUGUGGGGUUUCGGGUCCCCACAGAUGGCUUUCAGCACAGCUCAGUGCCCAUGGGCAACUACCUUGAAGCCAACUCCCAGCUCAAGCUGCGGGUGGACAUUGCAGUGCCACUGCGGGCCAGCGCCGAAGCCCCUGACCCUGAACUUACAGGCACCCUGUUUGGCCGCAUCAUUUUCGUGUUUGACUCCAGAAAGAUCUCCCUCCUCUCCAGCCUGCUGCAGGACAUCUCCAUGAUCAAUGCCAAGGCCCUUGAUCUGGAUGCCUACUCUGCUGGGAACAUCCAGCAGAUUCUGUCUGCCUUUAAGAUGCACAUGAGGAUCCAGGAAAGGCAGGACCUGGAUGUGCUCACUGGCUUCCACCUGCUGGAUGGGAAGAUCCAUCUUCUCAUUCUGGAAGGUUUGGCUGACCAAGGUUUAAAGCGGCUGUGGGACAGCCAUCAAAGCCGAAACACCAAAGCAGAACACGGGAAAUGCAAGGUGCUCUACAACUCCGCGCUACUGUUUCGCCACCGCCUGUACGCAGACCUGGAGACCGUCCUGUACCAAGUGCACCUCUUCAAGCCGCUGUCGCAGCUCAUGAAGCACUCGGUGCUCUACGUCCGCAACACCGUUCCAGAGAAGACCUUCCAGGCCCUGACCAGGAUCUACUGCAUCUGCUAUCACAGCAGCAAACUCAGGGAGGUGAUCACAGGAGACCUGCUGCCAUCCUCCGCCAUGGUCAAAGACUUGAGCCGAGAGCUGGGGCUGCCCAUUUCGCAAGAAGGCCUCACAGAUGGAAAGCCGCUGGUCUUGCCAACUCCUCCCACCCCCAAUCUCGAGGACUUCCGAGGUCAGAAAUCCGACCUCGCUUAUGAGAUCCAAGCCCACCAGGAGAAGUAUCUGCAGUGGCGGAACACCAUGGCACUAAAGAACAGAGGCCAGGAGCACAGCCUGAUCCAGAAAAAUAUUGCCGGGGUCUACCAGGUCGGCAAGAAGCCUCCGAAGUCUGUGCUGAAGGUGAUCAGAAUCGCAGCGCCUGCCAAAGACGCAGUUUUUAACUACAGCAUCCAGACCCUGAAUUCCACACAGCUUGCCAAGAAGGAGCUGUAUCGAGAGAUGGCCAAGGAGCCAAGGAAGAGGUUCACGUACUCCCAGAAUUACCUCUCAGCCAUGGUGGAGCCCCAGGACUCUGAGGAAGAAGAAAAGAAAGCCAAGAAGCAAUCCCGCCAGGCCUGGCUCACGGCCAACGGAUUCCAACUGACAGGUCUUCACAAAAGCACCGAAAGCGACCGUCACAUCAGGCUGCCGCCCGUUGGCAUGGUCACAGAGCUGAACGAGGAGUGGAGGGAAAACACACCGCUCGCUAACGUGCUGGAUCGAAGGAGGUGGACGUGGGACCGGCGCCAUCAGGACUUUGACCUGUACGGGAAGCCACCACUUUUCUUCGAGCUGCCCCCUUCUCCAGUGCUAAAGCCCAGAACAGGUAGGAAGACAAAAGGGAGUAGCCUUGUGUCCUGAGCAGCACAGACCUCCUCCUCAGAACUGACCGCCAGUGCGGGCCACGGCCACAACUCAGCAAACCAGCAGCCUCCUGGAC